ACACACUCUGUUCCAGUGCUCGAGAGAUUCAUCCGAGGGAGCAAGAAGAUGGAGACCAAACCCACAGAGAUCAGCAGCACCAAAAUGUUUGGAGGCUUCAACAAGAGAUACAAGCAUUUCAGUUCCACCCUGGGUUGCUCCAUGGUUUUCCACAUCUACUUCCCUCCUUCUUUCGCCUCCAAGAAAGUACCUGUACUUUACUGGCUUUCUGGGCUUACUUGCACAGAUGAGAAUUUUAUAAUCAAGUCAGGGGCACAGCGCACUGCUUCAGCUGAGGGUGUUGCACUCAUUGCGCCUGAUACAUCUCCAAGAGGGCUUAACGUGGAAGGAGAAGCUGACAACUGGGAUUUUGGUGUAGGUGCUGGCUUUUAUCUUAAUGCUACACAAGAGAAGUGGAAGAACUGGCGUAUGUAUGACUAUGUUGUGAAAGAAUUGCCAAAACUUCUGAGAAUAUGACGCCACUCACCUAAUCUCAAAGUUUCGUGAUGUGUCUGCCACCAUUUUAAUUGAUCAGGGGGAGGAUGACAAAUUUUUGCAUGAUCAGUUGCUGCCACACGAGUUUGAGGAGGCAUGUAGGAGUGCUAAUGUUCCAUUGUUAUUGAGAUUGCAGCCUGGUUAUGAUCACUCCUACUUCUUCAUUGCCACCUUUAUUGAGGAUCACAUCCGCCACCAUGCUCAGGCUCUCAACCUCUGAAGUCUUGAGAUUUUCUGCCCUUCUAAAAUCUAGAUGCCAAGAAAUCCUUUGUAUUAGCUAUGAACAGUUUUUCUGCUAAAACCUGUGUCUACCUAUCUGGUAUCUACUGGUGUGACAAAGUACUUAAGAUAUUGCAAAUAACAUUUCCGGGUGAAUAUGGUUUGUAUUAAUCAUGCUGUUUGUGGCAUCUUGAAAUGGAAGGACAGAAUAAUCAAUUUACAUAUUUUGGUGAUGUUGAAUUUAGUCAACAUUUUUACUUAAAUCAAAUGCAAAACGCAAA